AUCCACCUGUAGAGAUUAAAGGAGUGAAGAGAAGGAGGCUGAGGUUCAGUAUUGAAACUCACCCUAAGACCCUGCGUCUCCUCCAGCUGGAUCAGAUCAGAGCCACACUGAUCGUCUGUUUCCUCUGCUGACAGCCCGGCUCAGCACAGAGAAGAUGCCGACGGUGAAGAGCAAGAAGAAGAAGACAAAGAAGGAGGUGAACGAUGGAGAGGAGCAGGGAGAAGUGGGUCUGGAGAUGGAGAUGGAGGAGGUGACCAGUAGGGGUCACUGUGACAGCAGAGACCCACUGACCCCAGAACCGCAAGAUCCAGCGCCACAGAGGAAGAAGAAGAAGAAGAAGGCCCUGACUAUCGACCAGGACACCGAGAACGCCGACUUACCCAACGGCAACAUGGACGAAGCCCUGAUGGAUGGAGAGGAGACGACUGUGGCUGUGACCAGGAAGACCAAGAGGAAGAGGAAGGUGAAGGCAACGGAACACAGCAGCAAUGACCUGGGAGCUGAAGAUGAUGACAUCAUCACAGAUGCCCAGUCCCCCAUCCCCCAGCAUUCCCUGUUCUCUGCUCCACAUGGACACAGUCAGCCGGUCGGGAAGGUCUUUGUGGAGAGAAACAGACGCUUCCAGGCAGAGCGAGUCGAUCAUCUGAGACACUCUGAGCCGAUGGAUGACUACAUGGACCCACGACAGAUCUGGACCACCAGAGACGUCGCCAUGAGGGUCCACAGUGGCUUCAGGGUGAUCGGUCUGUUCUCUCACGGUUUCCUGGCUGGUUACGCCGUAUGGAACAUCAUCGUUGUGUACGUGUUGGCAGGUGAACAGAUGACCACACUGCCCAACCUGCUGCAGCAGUAUCACCUGCUGGCCUACCCCGCUCAGUCUCUGCUCUACCUGCUGCUCGCCAUCAGCACCGUGUCAGCAUUCGACAGGGUGAACCUGGCCAAGGCCUCCAUGGCUCUGAGAGGCUUCCUCACUCUGGAUCCUGCUGCUCUGGCUUCUUUCUUGUACUUCAUCGCCCUGAUCCUGUCCCUCAGUCAGCAGAUGACCAGCGAUCGCAUCAACCUCUAUCCUACAGCCAACGAGACUCUGUGGCCUCCAGGUUCAGAGCAGCAGAUCCUGCGGCCCUGGAUCGUGGUGAACCUAGUGGUGGCGCUGUUGGUGGGCCUGGCCUGGGCUGUGGUCUCCACACGGCCUGACAUUGACUACACGGAAGAGUUCCUGAUGACAAUGGAGGUGGAGGGGUACCCGAGAGCAGACGAGGCUCUGGACAUCCCCGCCUGAACCUCCGCACACAGAAUCACCUUCUUUAUAUUCACUGUUUGUUUUUCUACAACAUGUCAGCACACACUUUGUUUACCUCCGUGGGAUUUUGUAAAUAAAUAAAUAAAUAAAUACAGAUCAUGUACAGUAAAUGA